AUGACGUGGGAGAGCGGGGAUGUAACCACCAGAUCAUGCGCCCAGGCAUACCUCAGCUCCUGGAUUGCCCGUUUCGGUCUCCCGGAACACUUAACGUCUGAUAGGGGAGCGAGUUUCACCUCAGAGUUGUGGAGGGCUUUAGUGCAGCUCCUUGGCAUUACUCUCCACUUCACAACGGCAUAUCAUCCAAAAGCUAAUGUACUUAUCGAGAGAUGGCAUCGAUCCCUCAAGACAGCCCUCACCACCCAUUGCACCACUGCCACAUGGAUUUUGCAGCUCCCCUGGGUGUUUCUUGGCCUCAGGACAACGCUUAAGGAGGAUCUCGCCAAUUCUGCAGCCGAGAUGGUAUACACUCAGCCCCACAUUGUGCCAGAAGAAUUUUUCCCCAGCGACGGCUCGGGUGAUACUCAGCUAGAGGACCUCCGCAGGGUAGCCAGGCAAUUCGCUCCCAGCAGACCCACCCAUGGCUCUCAUCGCCCGUCCUACACUCCACCAGGUCUGGACUCGGCUGAUUUCGUUUUUCUCCGUGGUGAUGCCCACCGUCAGCCUUACAAAGGUCCUUUCAGGGCCCUUCAGCACUCCCCCAGUGCAUCCAAGCUACAGCUUGGUGGAUGGAUCGACUGA